AUGAUUCCAGAUACAGAAGCAUUAGAAAAAGAAUUGUUUGAGUUGAAUGCACGAGAAAGAACAUUAUCAGAUGAAUUGGAAGUAUUGUUAUCAAAUCAUGAAUCAUUUGAAAGACAAAUGUUAUCCAUUAAAAAUUUAGCUCCAACAUUACAAAUAAUUACACAAGAUGCACACAAUUUAUCAAAUACAAUCACGUUUACAGCCGCAUUAGCUGAUAAUAUCAGUGGUAAAGUACGAGAACUUGAUGUUACAAAGAGUCGUGUUGUGGCUUGUUUACAACGUGCUAAUGACAUUAUUGAUUUGAAGAAGUGUACUGAUGGGGUCAAAAGUGCCUUGGAAGACGAAGAAUAUGAACAAGCUGCUGCUCAUAUUCAUAGAUAUUUGAAUAUUGAUGCUGUUUCGUUACAAUUAUCUAGCGAUCCUGCGGAAGGCAGUAGUUUACAUCAGGCAUUGUUAUCGUUAGAGGAAGCUGAAAAAAAAUUAAAAGAAAUUGUAAAUGUUAAAUUUGAUCAGGCUGUUGAAACGGGCAAUUUACCCGAAGCCAUGCGUUUUUUUAAAAUAUUUCCACUAUUAAAUUUACACGAAAUUGGUUUAGAAAAGUUUUGUAAACAUUUAUGUUUACAAAUAAAUGAUUAUGGUGAAAAAAGUUUAGCUAAAACAUUAAAAACACCCAUCAACGAUAAACGUUAUCCGGUUUUAUAUUCUGAUAUGUUAACAUCUCUAUUUGAAUAUAUUGCCAAUAUCGUUGAAGCUUAUCAACCAUUAGUUGAAACAUAUUAUGGUCAUGGUAAAUUGUACAAUUUUUUGACAAUGUUGCAAUCUGCUUGUGAUACUCAAGCACAAAAAUCAAUGCAAACAUUUAAAAGUCAACGACAAUUUGAUCAAGUAUUUCGUCGUAUUCAAUCCGCCGCAUCUUCUUCAUCAACAGCGCUUAAAAAUGCUGCCGGAACAAUUCCUUUACCCACUACACAACCGACUCUUGUUAAUACGGAUAAAUUAGAUCCACGUGAAUUAGAUGAUUUGUUAGCGGAAAUAACAUUAAUUAAUGCUAGUUGUGAAUUAUAUUUACGUUUUAUUCGUCGACGUCUCAUUGCCGAUUGUGAAGCAGCUAUUGAUAAAAUAUCAAAUUCAACUUUGUAUACAUCUCAAUUGAAACAAAUUGAACGCUUUAUUACAUCAUCGGGCUUGAGUCGAACACUACACGAAUUUGUUAAUCAAUAUAUAACGAUUGAAGAUUACUUUAUGAGAGAAAGUAUUUAUAAAGCAAUUAUUAUUGAUUCAGCAAACAUGGUCGAUGAUGUUUUUUUUAUCUUAAGAAAAUGUUUAAAACGUUCUAUUUCCAGCUCAAAUGUUGAAGGUAUUUGUGCCAUGUUAAAUCAUGCUGUUAGCAUUAUCGAUUCGGUAUAUCGUGAACAAUCCUAUACACGAUUAAAAUCUGGUUAUCCAUCAGGAUUUGAUUUAUCUCAAGCUUACACUGUUAUACACGCGAGUAUACAAUCAGGAAAAUUACAGGGUUCAGAUAUUGAGAAAUUGAAACAACACUUUCUUACUGCGUAUAAUAAUGUAGAAAUAAGUUAUGACAAUUUGCAUACAUUGAAACGUUUACUAGACGAUGAAAUAUCAAAAACAUUUCCAAAUAUAACUGAACAGAAUAAGACAAAAUUAGAUACUUGUUUAAGUGAAAUCAAUUCAACAGCUAAUCGUUUUAAAGAUCUAAUCGAUUUUGGUUGUCAACAACUGUCCACAAGUGCAAUUAAACCAAGAAUUAAAACCUUGAUCGAUGUUUACAUGGGUAUUAAUCAUAAACUAUCAGAAGAUGAAUUUUCUCAAUUUGAAGCUAAUGAUCCGUUUAUACAGAAUUUUAUUAUUCAAAUUGAUACAUUAUUUUUACCAUUCAAAAGUACCCUAAGUCCAUCUAAUUAUGCUCGUUUGAUGAGUGCAUCUACCAAUGAAAUCGUCAUAUUAUGGGAAAAAGUAUUAAACAAAUGUAGUUUCAAUAGGCUUGGCGGUUUACAAUUUGACAAAGAGGUGCGAGCAUUAAUAACAUAUUUAACAAGUGCAACAACAUGGUCGAUACGUGAUAAAUUUCAACGUCUCUCACAAAUAGCCACACUAUUAAGUCUUGAAAAAUUAAAAGAAAUUCAUGAUUAUUGGGAUCCAAAUUCGGGUAAAAUGACCUGGCGUUUGACGCCAUCUGAAGUUCGUCAAAUAUUAAAUUUAAGAAGCGACUUUCGUAGCGAAGAUGUUCGUGGUUUAAAACUGUGA